AUGGAGGGUCUCUACUACAACGUCAAAUACGGCUACAUCGAGGGCAUCGUGCGCGGCUACCGCAAUGCGCUGCUCACCAGCCAGAACUACAGCAACUUGACCCAGUGCGAGACCAUCGAUGAUGUCAAACUCCAGCUUGCGCCCGCAUACGGCGACUUUCUCAACUCGUUGCCCCCAAAUCCUUCGACUUCUGCUCUCGCCGCGAAGACCACGGACAAGCUGGUAGCCGAGUUCCGCUAUCUCCAAGCCAACGCGACCGGCUCGCUGGCCAAGUUCAUGGAGUAUCUGACCUACGGGUACAUGAUUGAUAACGUCGCGCUUCUGAUUACGGGCACGCUGCACGAGAGGGAUACGCGGGAGCUGCUCGAGAGGUGCCACCCGCUUGGCUGGUUCGAAACCAUGCCCGUGCUGUGCGUGGCCACCAACAUCGAAGAGCUGUACAACUCGGUCCUCAUCGAAACCCCGCUUGCACCCUACUUCAAGGGCUCGCUCAGCCACCAGGACUUGGACGAACUGAACAUUGAGAUUAUCCGCAACACUCUGUACAAGAACUACCUCGAGGACUUUCACCAGUGGAUCAACUCUUGUCCCGACAUUGCUGGUACCCCAACCUCCGAUGUCAUGUCCGAGGUUCUGGAGUUUGAGGCCGACCGCAGAAGUAUCAACAUUUCCCUCAACUCCUUCGGUACCGAGCUCUCCAAGAACGAAAGGAAGAAGCUCUACCCUGAGCUCGGCAAGCUCUACCCCGAAGGAACAUUGAUGCUAUCAAGAGCCGAUGACGUGGAGGGUGUUCGCAUCGCCGUUGAGAGUGUUUCCGACUACAAGAUGUUCUUCGACCAGACUGGCCUCAGCCAGAACGGCGGUGGUGUUGGCAACAUGGCAGGUGGUGUUGGUGGCGAAACAAGAAGCCUGGAAGACCUGUUCUACCAAAAGGAGAUGGAAAUUUCAAAACUAGCCUUCACCCACCAGUUCACUCACGCUAUUGUGUACGCAUGGGUGAAGCUUCGAGAACAGGAGAUCCGGAACAUCACCUGGAUAGCCGAGUGCAUUGCGCAGAACCAGAAGGAGCGCAUUGGCAACUACAUCAGCGUCUUCUGA